AUGAAACGAAGAAACUCUCGAAUGGUAAUCAACAGUCAAAAUGACCAAGAUGAUGACAUGUCGAAGAUGGCAGUCGAUGAACUCAUUCGUUUACAAUCAAACUUAACUGCGAUCGAUAAUGAAAUUUUCGAUCAAGUCCUACCGCACGAACUAGCGGAUAAUGACGACGCCGAACUCGAAGUAACCGCAGGUGUUGGUGGACAAGAAGCAAUGCUAUUUGCCAAAGAGUUGUUUCACAUGUAUGAAAACUACGCCGGUUUUCGUAAAUGGUCUUUCGAAGUAAUUGAAUACGAUCAAACAGAUAUCGGUGGUUUACGACAAGGAAAAGCGUUUCUUAACGGUUUGGACGUAUUCAAAAGUUUGAAAUACGAAUGUGGUGUUCAUCGAGUGCAGCGUGUUCCACAGACAGAAAAAAGCGGAAGAAUUCACACGAGUACGGUAACGGUUGCCGUUUUACCUCAACCGAAAGAUAUCAAAAUUGAACUUCCUGCUAAAGAUUUACUAGCUGAACCUAUUCGAGCGCGAGGCCCCGGUGGUCAACAUGUGAAUAAAAGUGAAUCCGGUUGUCGAUUGACUCAUUUGCCUACGGGUACUGUUCUCGAACGACAAGAUGAACGCUUUUUCAAUUUGAAUAAAAAUCUUGCCAUCAAAGCUAUGAAAAACAAACUUUAUCAAAUGCAGUACGAUGAACAGCAAGCUCUAUUACAACGAACUCGAAAGCAGCAAACUGGUAGUGGAAAUCGUAAUGAAAAAAUUCGAACAUACAAUAUUCCCCAAAAUCGUAUUUCUGACGAACGUUUGGAAGAAAAUGUGCAUCACGUCAGCGAAUUUCUCCACGGUACUCAUCGUCUACAUGCGAUGAUUGAAGAAUUAAAACAACAAGAUAGAUUACAUCGUUUUAUUGAAUUGACAAAUAAAUCUUCGUCGUAG